UCCGUGCUGGCAGCACUUUCAGCUUCCGCCAUUGCUCAAUACACCAACCAAUCCGAACCCUUCUAUCUGGUCCUGAUCUCCGAUGACCAAACCUUCAACGGCCAAUACCUCGCCGCUUGCCACACAGGCGCCGCAAUUGAAUCCCUCUGUGUAGCAGGCAUCCUCUCCCCUUCCAAGCCCAACAACAUCCCCCCAGCCCAAUUCCGCUUCAACACAUCGGACUCGCAGCCCGUUACACAAGACGCCACACCUGGACCCUCCGGCUGGAUAACGUAUCUACUUCGCGGAUCGGACUUCACCCUCUCACAGCCCUUGGGAAUCCAAUUUUCCCCAACCAGCAAUGUUGCGAUGCCUCUGUUUUAUCCCGGCGAUGAUAUCGCGGUGACUGUCAAUUUUGACUCCGAGGGAAAGCUGAAUAUCCUGAGUGCCAUCGACGAUACGCAGGAUCCGCCCGUGUAUCACUUGAACCCGGUGUAUAACUGGUAUGCUUGUUCAACAAACUAUGGUGGUUACAGAUAUGUUACACUAAACUGGGUUGUGGGCGUGGGGCCGCCACAGAAUCCGACUUGCGUAAAGGUGGAUGUGAAAAGG